UCUCAUUGAAACGAAAAGUAAAAUUGAAUACACAUGGUCUCCAAAAGCAAGCAAGUGAUACAAAAGCUUAUAUUUAUAUCCUGACUCGACUGUAGCGAAGUAUCAAUGCAAGGUUUCUGGAUGCUGAGAAGCUGUGACUGAGUUAAUGGACAGCCCCUAUCGUAUUACAGCCCCGAGGGCAGACCUCAGUGUGCAAGCAAAGGCAGCACAUUUGGAGGAGACUUUCAAGAUCACCAACGACCAGGCUAUGAUAGUCUUGCAGUCAGUGUGCUAUGAUCUAGAGACGGCUACGAGCAAGCUCUGGGACAAAAUGCGGGAGGGAGAUGACGAUGAUGACGAGGGGUCAAAGUCCACACCGCAUAGGACAGAGCCAGUUCCGACUGUGGGCUCCAUCAUUGAUAAAGCCACUGGAACUCAACUCAAUCCUAUAGACCUGACCUCGGAGGUUGGGUCAGGGGACAAUACUGAUCGUGAACUGCAGCAAGCGCUGGCUCUCAGCCUUCAACAGAUGAGUGGCUCUCAGCAGAAAUCUGGCAUCUCCAUUGAAGAGGAGGAACUGAGCAGAGCUGUAGAGGCGAGUAUUGCGGCUAACCAGGAGAACCUGACUCGACUGGGACUACCUAAGAGCACUGCCUUCGUAGAUCCUAUCAACCCCCACGAUCGGAAGAGAGCGGGCACAACUGCCGUGGGCCUCAAGAACAUCGGCAACACUUGUUGGUUCAGUGCUGUAGUACAGUCACUGCUCCAUGUUCCUGUGGUGUGUGAGAGGGUGCUCGGCUACACUCCCCCUCCCUUCACCAACGGGACCACUCAACAUCACCCGAGCGUGUCCUUCCUACUGGAGCUACAGAAACUGUUUGCCCUGUUACUACUCUCACCAAGGAAGUACGUCGACCCAAGCUUUGUCAUUCAGACGUUCAAAGAAGUGUUUAGCAAGGAGAAGAGUGGAGGACAACAAGAUGUGAAUGAGUUCACCCACAAGCUGCUGGAGUGGACGGAGGAGGCCUUCAAACACUCCCUGGCAGCGGCCGGGGAUAGCACUCCUAACCCAAUGGUCCAACUAUUCACCGGGCACUGUCAGAGGGAGGGUACAAACAACGGAGAGAAGUUUCAACACGAGGAGGACUUUGGUGCCCUGCAUGUACAGGUACAUGACCACACCCACAUCCACGAGUGCCUGGGGGCAUACACAUUCAACCCCGAGGUACAGCAAGAGGCAUGGUUUACCAGCCUACCCCCCAUCCUAGUGCUAUCACUCUCGCGCUUCAAGUACAACCAGAACAGUGGACAAGCUGAAAAGGUUCACGACAAGCUGCAAUUUGACCUCCAACUGAGCAUGGAUCGAUAUCUGGAGGCCAACAGGGUGGAGUCUCGCAGGAGGCGGUGUGAGGGGGUGGAGCUUCAACGCAGGAUGACCGAGCUGAAGGGGAAGCUCGACAACUACCUCAAGUAUGGUGGCAAGUCCGUGUCGAUCAUGGACGCCCUCUCUCUUACCCUGCAGUUUGUGAGGGAGCAAGGAUCCUCCGACUCACCCUUGGAUGAUUUAGAAGGAGAGCAGGCGGAGAAGAGAGCGCGUAUUUCCCUACGUCCCUCCCCCCACUUUGUCUCCUCUGGGGAGAUGGACGUCCUCGAGGGAUGUCUCAAUCGCUGGGUUCAUGAACUCAAUACUGAGGUCAAAGAAUUGGAAGAGGCCAUAAAAUCGACACAGUCCACGCUGGACGGUCUCUAUGGCGACCCGAUCAUGAACUCCACACCCUACCACCUUCAUGCAGUGCUUGUACAUCAAGGGCAAGCCUCGCUAGGUCAUUACUGGGCGUACGUUCGUAAGAGCCAUGCAUGUCUCCUGACCACCCCCUCCACUACUGUCACCCCCUCCACUACUGCCACACCCUCCACCACUGUCACGCCUUCCUCAGUGACCACACCCACUCGUGAGAAGGACGAGCCUCUAGCGAAUACAGGACAAUAUGACACAAUGGAUAAUUCACCAAGAUCUGAUAAUGACGAGAAAAUAUCGCAACAAGCCCCUACAGACGGUAUGGAAAUGGAGGGAGGGGCUAUUGGCGUCCAAUCAGAUGUGAGUACAACUACAGGCGUCCAAUCAGAUGAGAGUACGACUACAGGUGCUCAAUCUGUAGUUGGAGAUGUCGUCCAAUCAGAUGAGACCUUAUCUGUGGGCGUCCAAUCAGAUGAGGACGUGUGGUUGAAAUUCAACGACGUGUCAGUGACGGAGGUGAGCUGGGCGGAUGUUCAGAAGGAGUCUUAUGGAGGGUCUCAUAACACGAGCGCUUAUUGUCUCAUCUAUGUGAACAAGGAACUACACCAACAGUUCACCAGGAGAGCCUUGAGCUUGUUGGUGAGGGAUGAUCUACAGCGCUAUGUCGACAGAGAUGCAACAGACUUCCAAACUGAGUUAGCGGAUUAUGACAGUCGCUCAAUACAAGCCGUCGGUCAUAUCCCUAGUUCUGCUGAUGGUCCUCGUACCAGUAUCCAGCCCCCCUCCCCUGAGUCUGUUGGCGGUGUGGCUGCGGGACUAGCGGACACUGCUAGAUCAGAGGGUGGAGUGGGGGGAGGGGCUCCGUCAAACGUGGAGAGGAGUCCAGAGCAGAUGCAGGUUGAAUCCCCUCCCCUCCCUCCAAUCAAUCCCACCCUCUCGGAGGAACUAAUCGCCACCUUUGACGACACGUACACUCAAAUGGCUAGUCUGUAUCAAGGCAAGUGCGUGGACCCGCGCCUUGCACACGUAGUCACAUACGCCAUUCAUUCGGGCGCCACUAAAGAACUCUUGAGGAGCCUUGUUCUGGAGAUGAUCAUACAGCAAGUGUCAGCAGACCCUCCCAGAGCUAAUCUGAGAAUCCUGGCACAGAAGGAGUUCCUGGCUCUGUUUAGUAAACGGAAUAUGCAGGGAGAUAUUGAUAAGAUAAGAAAUCUGUAUAACCACUAUGUUAUCAUGUGCUGGAACUUCAUCAAGGCAGUCAAGUUCCUACGAGAGGAUAAAUGGGAAGGUGCUCUCGCCCACUCUCUGAAAGCGUACACUGCACACAAGUUCAUCCUCGAGAUUGGCUCCACCCAGUACAGCCUCCGUCCCACACACCUCACACUACUGGCAAACCUUCGACGACGCUCCCUGCAAGCCAUCAGUGACCUGGCCUACAAUUUCUUCUUGAGUAAAAACGUACAGAGAGCUUUGAGUGUUACGAACGAGCUUCUUAUUCCGUGCAUGGGCUUGUUUGGAGACGCCAUUGCUCCCGGCGAUGAGGGGAUCUUGGAGACUAUACGGGAGAAAUGGUGUCAUUGUUUGAAUGAACCUGGACUCACAAGCCGGGAGCAAGACCAACUGGGUGACCUGCUCACGCGGAUGUUUGACGAGGCGGGCAAGACACCUGCACCAUCAGAGCUAGCACUGCCCACAGAUGAGCCACACUCUCUCCUGGUGGAACUAUCAAAUGCAGUGAACUUUCUUAUGAACCAGUAGAGCAACUAUUAGUCAUUUUGUAUUAUUAUUAAUUAUUAUUAUUACUAGCAAUUAUGUUCAGAAUAAUUGGCAAGAGUUCAUAAUAGACCAUAAUCAUGAACUCUUGAUGCGUAAUGUCCAUUUUUGGUAAAGAUCAUUACAUUAAGUUUUGCAUAAGGA